ACUAGCGUUUAUGUGACAGUUGAUGGAGCGAUUUGGGGAAGAUGGACUUUGAUAAACCGCGUCCACACAAUUAGUCUGAUGAAUUCUUCUGUUUUCUAAGCUCCUUGUAUGCCUGAUCCCCAUCUACCGUUGCAGACUCCUUGCAAUCCAAAAGGGACAAUGGCAGCGGUAACGAGUCCGGAAACGACACCUCAGCCCCGGGUCUAUUUUCAAACACCUCCCGGUACCGAAGAAGAAGUGCCACAGAAGCAAGGACGAGUGACCGUAAAAUAUGACAGAAAAGAAUUGAGGAGGCGGCUGAAUUUGGAGGAGUGGAUAGUUAGCCAGUUAAUGAAUCUGUACGACUGCGAGGAAGAUGAGGUGCCUGAGCUGGAAAUAGAUGUGGAUGAGCUUCUGGAUCUGUCCAGCGAUGUCGAGAGAGCCAUUCGAGUGAAGAUGCUGCUGGUCGACUGUUAUAAGCCUAAUGAUGACUUUGUGGCGGCGCUGCUGGAGAAGGUCAGCGGGAUGCAGAAACUGAGCACCCCGCAGAAGAAAGGGGAGCUGACACCAUGAGGUCAUGUCAGCUCCUCCCCCCACCACAAAAACAACCUGUCACUCCAAACCCAGAGGAGAGAUGCAGGCAUGCAGACCCAACCACUAAACCACAGCGUCUGUCAAACGGAGAUCAAUGAUACAAGCCCAGCCAAGCCAACCUCAGCUGCAGGUUGACCAACUGUUUUUACUUCGUCUUAGUACUGUUUCAGCAUAUCUUACAUGUAGAGAGUGUGGUAGUGUCCCUUUAGCUUAAAACCCCUGUGGUGAUUUAGGGAAAGGAAUCGAAUGGUUGAUGUUACGGUUACACUGUUCACUAAUACACUUUUUGUUUUCAGCCUCGUGACUUGGCUUGAUGUGUCUGUCUGUAAUCAUAUAGGAAGUUAGAACAAAGCUGAUUUCUUUUUACCCCCUUUUUUGACGGUCUCUCGCAU